AUGGCUCCGCAGUCAACUCCUCCUAUUGAUCUCACGAAGAUACCUCUACUUCCUAAUCCAUCUGAUGCACCACCAAACUUCGAUGAUCCGCCAACGUUGACUAAUAGUGAUUUCGGCACUGGAGUGGCGCUGAUAGUCGUAAGCGGAAUACUUUUGACACUUCGCAUUGGUACCAACAGGAAACUUUCCAAUAAAUGUGGGUUGGACGACUUCCUUUGCAUCUUUGCAUAUGCUGGUGGCAUUGCCUACUGGGUUUUGAACUUGCUCAAUGGCGAAGCAGGGUUAGCAAGGCAUGCUUGGGACAUACCUCUCUCGACACUCACAGUUGCGGUUACUCAGAGACUGACAGCAAUCUUCUUCGUCUUGCCCCCGUCCCUAUGGGCCGCCAAGGCCGCCGUACUUGCUCUGUACAUCCGCGUGUUUGGUAGCGUAACAUGGCUUCGACGCACUGCCUGGAUCUGGAUCGUCUUUAUGGCCCUCUUCUAUGGCAUGAGUAUUUUUGUUACAGGAUUCUACUGUAUCCCCAGAAAGGGCGGAAUGUGGGGAGGUGCCUUAUUCGUACGCUGUCAGGAGUCGGUAUGGCUCCAUGUGGUUGUUGGAGUGUUCUCCGCAGUCGCCGACUUGGUCAUUCUGAUAAUGCCCUUUCCGAUUGUGUUGAAGUUGCACGUGUCGCCCCUCAAAAAACUCACUCUGGGUCUUGUUUUUGGUACUGGAAUCAUGCAAGUUUCGUCCGAUGGCUUGGUCGUGAUGAGUAUCAUAUCUCUUUGGUUGAGAAUCAUCGUUUUCAAGGGUGUCGACACGACGUGGAACGCCACAUUGUUAGAGAUUGUGUCCUCCGCCGAGAUCUUCGGCACCAUUGCUGUCAGUUGUGCGCCCGCGAUGUCGGCUUUUUGGCUGAACAUCUUCAUCAAGAGUGCACUUUGGUCAAAGCUGAAGUCGUCUUCUAUGUUUUCGUAUCUCAGGUCGUGGAUUCUGCCUUUGAAGCAAAGGUCGCAAGAGAGACCCUCCUUUGUUCGUACGUAUUUAGCACGGUCCUCGAAGCGCUCGCAACCAGAGACUGAGUCAGCACACGAUGCCAAACACAUACUCCGGAAAAGAAGCUAUGAAGUUCUGGAAGAGGAACGGACAUCCUCAGAACAUCAAACCCCUUCAUCUAACAGCACGAAAGAGUAG